GUCUGAUCUAAAGUGCAGGUUUGUCUCACAUCCGACUCUCAACAAUGACUUCUGGCGGCAUGAAGACAGCGCCUAACAAAAGGCCGUACAUCUGUAUUCCGAAAAAACUCAUAGAUCUUUUGGCCGAGCAAUAUGAACUUGAACAUGGACUGCUUGUAGAAGAUCUGAAUCCCUAUAUAAAUGAAGGAUAUAUACAAGCUUACUUCCGAGAAUGGGGCACCAUCAAAUCAUGCAAAAUUAGGAAGAAUCCCAACUCUGGGAAACAAAAAUCGUUGGCCUUUGUGAAGUUUUCUUGUGAGGAAGAAGCAGACAUGGCAGACUGGGUCGGUCCUCACAAUAUUGGUGGAACAGAAGUUAAAGUGAGGCGCUUUGUUACUUUCAAGGGUGAGGAAGAUUCAGAGCAAGGGGUUGAUGGAGCCACAGUUAAACCUCGACCACGGCCUUCAAUGGGUCUUGGCUACCUACUCGAAGAUGCUCAGUGGUUAGACGAAGAUGAAUGAAUAAACAAAGCUUUGAUCCAAAGUUGACCAGCUUGAGGGCAUUGGUUGUUAUGUCAGUACCAUACAUGAGAACAUACAACCUAAUGCACAUGUAUUUAUGUAUGUAUUUCUCUUAGUUUUACUAAUAAGUUUUACUUACUUACCCAUAACUGUGAAUUU